UAGACACGGGAGCGAGUGCCGCAGGCCCGUCGGAACCAACAAACCCGAGAAGUGCUGCCUUAAUCGCUGAGGUAGUGGGUAAGGAACAAGAACGGCAGCCAUGCACUGGACAAGAACCAAAAUUGUCAUAUUAGUUUGCUAAGCUGCUGGACAUGGAUAAGCUCGCAGAGAAGUCGCACGAGCAGCAGCAUUGUCGACAGUCGUCGGACACCGAAGACCUGUUCGAGGACUGCGAGACGGCGCUGAACGCGCACAGGCCGAGGAACCCGCACUGUUUCCUGGAACUGAUGGCCAAAGGGAAGCCGCUGGGCCGACUCGAGAUCGAACUGCGCGCCGACGUGGUGCCUAAGACGGCCGAGAACUUCCGGCUCCUCUGCACGGGAGAGAAGGGCUUCGGCUACAAGGGCAGCACGUUCCACAGGAUCGUCAAGGACUUCGUCUGUCAGGGCGGCUCGUUCGAAACGUCCACGGGCAAAAAGUGCGGACGAUCGGCGUACGAGCAGCGGUUCUUCGAAGACGAGAACUUCACGCUGAAGCACGCGGGGCGCGGCCUGCUUUCCAUGGCCAACCUGGGGCCCAACAGGAACGGCUCGCAGUUCUUCAUCAUGCUCACCAAGGCGCCGUUCAUGGACAACAGGCACGUGGUGUUUGGCAGGAUCGCCAAGGGCAUGAACGUGGUCAAGAGCAUGGCCUCAUACGGGACCAUCAGCGGCAAGCCAACGACCGAGGUGGUCAUCGCCAACUGCGGAAGCCUCUGA